CAGUUACUGCAGACAGAACGGCUAGUUUGGCAUGUAUGAACGAACUCCCGUUAGCCCUCAACUAUAGCUGGUGAUGUCGUUACCUCAGUGAGCCGUUGUUUUAUGUACCAUACUCAGGACAACUGAGAAAAGGCACUGACAGGAACUAUACAACGUUAUGGGCUCCAAACGAAGGAGAGCCACUUCUCCUUCAAGUAGCGUUAGUGGCGGGGACUUCGAUGAUGGUCAAACCACACCAAUGCCUUCAACCAGUCGGAAAAGAAGAAGAACAUCAAAUAUUCCUACUGUUGAUCCUAUUGCCGUGUGCCAUGAACUGUACAACACUAUUCGAGACUACAAAGAUGACCAGGGCAGAAUGCUUUGUGAACUGUUUAUUCGCGCACCAAAGAGAAGGAACCAACCCGAUUACUAUGAUGUGGUGUCUCAACCAAUUGACAUGAUGAAAAUCCAGCAGAAACUGAAAAUGGAGGAGUAUGACGAUGUGGAGCAAAUCACUAGCGACUUUCAUCUCUUAUUCAACAAUGCUAAGGCUUAUUACAAGCCGGAGACUCCAGAGUACAGGGCAGCCUGCAAACUGUGGGACCUGUACAUUCGCACUAAGAAUGAGUUUGUGCAGAGGGGUGACUACGAUGACGAAGAUGAGGAUGGUGAUGAUGGCCAAGAACACCCAGGAGUGUCCAAUGAGGAAGAGUCUGCACCCACCUGUCUGAAGGAUGCCCUGGAACAGCUUCUUGAUGCUGUGGUGUCUUACACAGAGCCUUCUGGAAGACUUGUCAGUGAGCUCUUCCAGAGGUUGCCCUCUAAAGUGCAAUAUCCAGAUUACUAUGAGAUUAUUAAGGAGCCAAUUGAUCUGAAGACCAUUGCUCAAAAGAUACAGAUUAAUUUUUAUAGAAGUCCCCAUGCUAUGUCAAAGGACAUAGAUCUCUUGGUAAAAAAUGCCAAGACCUAUAAUGAACCUGGAUCACAGGUUUUCAAGGACGCCAACACUCUCAAAAAGGUUUUUGCCCAAAGAAGGGCAGAACUUGAGCACGCUGAGCCUAUUAAGUCCAGCAUACGAAUAAGGAACAGACGAUCAGCUCAAGGAGACCGUCUCUCAGCCAUCACCAUGGCAUUGCAGUAUGGCUCGGAGGGUGAGGAGGAUGCCAUCCUCACUGGGUCAGUCCACUAUGACGAGGGCGAGUCAGAGGCAGAGAGCAUCCACUACAGCAUGGACAUAAGCAACCCCAUCUUCCAGCUGUACGAGGCAGUGCGUGGGGGCAGGAACAGCCAGGGCCAGCUCAUCGCCGAGCCCUUCUUUCAGCUGCCUUCCAGGAAGGACUACCCCGACUACUACCAGCAGAUCAGCCAGCCCAUUUCCUUCCAGCAGAUUCAAAUCAAGUUGAAAAACAAUGAAUAUGAGAGCAUUGAGCAUAUGGAGGCUGAUCUCAUGAUGAUGUUUGAGAAUGCUAAGCGUUACAAUGUCCCCCACUCCCAUAUCUACAAGAGGGCCCUGAAACUGCAGCACGUUCUACAGCUGAAAAGAAAGGAGCUUUUGAGAAGUGGAGACGAGGACAGGGACAGCAUGCUCUCCUCCACCAUGUCCGACGGCGGCACCACCAAGAGGAAGAGUCACAAGAAGAACACUAAGAAGAACCGUAUGAAGGUGCUGUUUGCAACGGUGACAGAGGUGCGAGAGAUGAAUACUGGCCGCAGACUUUGUGACCUCUUCAUGGUCAAGCCUUCCAAGAAGGACUACCCCGACUACUACAAGAUCAUCCUGGAACCUAUGGAUCUUCGCACCAUCGACCACAACAUCCGCUCGGACAAGUACAUGAGCGAGGAGACCAUGAUGGAGGACAUGCGGCUCAUGUUCCGCAACGCCAGACACUACAACGAGGAGGGGUCCCAGGUGUAUAACGAUGCCAACAUCCUGGAAAAGAUUUUGAGGGAGAAAAGAAGAGAGCUGGGGCCCAUACCUGACGAGGAUGACAUCAUUUCCCCAAAGCUAAAAAUAAGGAAGAGCGGCAUCUCCCCGAAGAAGUCCAAGUACCUGACCCCCCUGCAGCAGAAGCUGAACGAGCUCUACGAGGCCGUGAAGAACUACACGGACAAGCGCGGCCGCCGCCUCAGCACCAUCUUCCUGCGUCUGCCGUCGCGAGCCGAGUUGCCCGACUACUACGUGGCCAUCAAGAAGCCCGUGGACAUGGAGAAGGUCAAGAGCCACAUGCUGGCCAACAAGUACCAGGACGUGGACGCGCUGGUCGAGGACCUGGUGCUCAUGUUCAACAACGCCUGCACCUACAACGAGCCCGAGUCGCUCAUCUACAAGGACGCGCUGGUGCUGCACAAGGUGCUGCUGGAGACGCGGCGCGACCUGGAGGGCGGCGAUGACGCGCACGUGCCUGACGUGGCGCGCCUCAUCCAGGACCUCAUCCGCAGCCUCUUCGUGUCCGUGCUCGGGCACCAGGAUGACGAGGGCCGUUGCUACAGCGACUCGCUGGCGGAGAUCCCUGCCACCGACCCGGCCAAUGCAGACCGGCCGCCACUGAACUUCGAGAUCAUCAGGGCGAAUGUGGACAAGGGAAGCUACAAGAGGCUGGACGUGUUCCAGGAUCACAUGUUUGAGGUGCUGGAGAAGGCCCGACGCCUGCACAGGACAGACUCUGAGAUCUUUGAGGAUGCAGUGGAGCUGCAGCAGUUUUUCAUCCGUAUCCGGGACGAGCUGUGCAAGAACGGCGAGAUCCUGAUGUCCCCCGCCCUCAGCUACACCUCCAAGCACCUCCACAGCGACGUGGAGAAAGAGAAAAAAGAGAAGCUCCCCAAGGAGCUGGAGGAGGACAAGCUCAAACGAGAAGAAGAGAAGAAAGAGGCUGAGAGGAGUGAGGACUCGUCAGGAGGGCCCUGGCAGGGCGUGCAGCGCACCUACAGUCAGGACUGCAGCUUCAAGGACAACAUGUACCACGUGGGGGACUACGUCUAUGUGGAGCCCGCCGAGCAGAGCCUGCAGCCUCACAUCGUCUGCAUUGAACGCCUGUGGCAGGACGAUGCUGGUGAGAAAUGGCUGUAUGGCUGCUGGUUCUACAGACCUAAUGAAACCUUCCAUCUUGCUACACGGAAGUUUCUGGAGAAGGAAGUCUUUAAGAGUGACUACUACAACAAAGUGCCUGUCAGCAAAAUACUUGGGAAAUGUGUGGUCAUGUUUGUCAAGGAAUACUUCAAGCUGCACCCAGAAGGCUUCAGGGCAGAGGAUGUCUUUGUCUGCGAGUCUCGUUACUCAGCCAAGACCAAGUCCUUCAAGAAGAUCAAAAUGUGGACCAUGCCUCUGAGCUCUUUGAAGUUUGUCCCUCGUGAGGUUCCACUGCCAGUGGUCCGGGUUGCCUCAAUGUUUGCCCCUAAGAGUGAUGAGAAGCCCCCUGAGCCGGCUGAGGAUGAUAAACAAGGACCAUCCAUCAUAGAUAAGGAGAGAGAGGAUGUGACUAUGGACAUGGCCAAUGGUGAGCCCGGCUGUCAGUACUAUGAACAGCUCUGCUACAAUGAGAUGUGGCUGAAAGUGGGAGACUGUGUCUACAUCCGCUCUCAUGGGCUAGUGCGCCACCGAGUGGGCAGGAUUGAGAGGAUGUGGGUUCGAGAUGGAGCAGCAUACUUCUUCGGGCCAAUCUUCAUCCACCCAGAGGAGACAGAGCAUGAGCCCACUAAGAUGUUCUACAAGAAGGAGGUCUUCCUCAGCAACCUGGAAGAAUCCUGCCCCAUGACCUGCAUCACAGGAAAGUGCACGGUGUCCUCGUUUAAGGACUACCUGUCGUGCCGCCCUACCGAAGUGCCCGAGGAGGAUGUUCUACUCUGCGAGAGCCGCUACAUCGAGAGCGAGAAACAGAUGAAGAAGUUUAAAGGCCUCAAACGCUUCUCCUUAUCUGCCAAAGUCGUUGAGGAUGAGAUUUACUACUUUAGGAAACUGAUAGUGCCUCAGAAAGAGCCGUCUCCCCUCCUGGACAAGAAGAUUGAGGAGCUGGAGGCCAAGUUUGCUGACAUGACGGACGAGGAACUUGAGGAGCUCGGCGAUGAUGACGGAGACACGUGUGAUGCCCAGUCCAUGCCCCAGCUUCAGACACCGCUGGCCAAUGACCUGGACAUGAUGCCGUACACGCCACCUCAGUCGACUCCUAAGUCCAUCAAGGGCCUAUCCAAGAAAGAGGGCUCGAAGAGGAAGAUCAACAUGAGCGGCUACAUCUUGUUCAGCAGCGAGAUGCGUGCGGUCAUCAAGGCCCAGCACCCCGACUUCUCCUUCGGGGAGCUAAGUCGGCUUGUGGGGACUGAGUGGAGGAAUCUGGAGACCAACAAAAAGGCAGAGUAUGAAGAGCGGGCAGCUAAGGUGGCUGAGCAGCAGGAGCGAGAGCGCGCAGCCCAGCAACAGAACUCCCCGAGAGCAGGUAUCCCAGUCGGGGCGCUUAUGGGGGUGGUGCCACCCCCGACCCCCUUGGGGAUGCUUAACCCCAGCAUGACCCCUGCGUCAGGCAUGAUGGGUACCUACGGGCCGCCUAUGAUGCCCCAUCAGGGCCCGGAUGGAAUGGUUAGUAUACCCGGCAUGCCAUCAUAUCCCAUGGGUGUGCCCGUCUUACCCCAUCACCUCCCUCCCGGUAUGCCUGGUUUCCCUGGCAUCCCUUACCUGGGUAUGAAUAGCAUGAAUGGAGCCCAUGGUGCUGGAAAUCACUAUGGAAAUCAGAUGGGAAUUGCUGGUCAAGGGCAACAAGCUCCGCCCCCUUACCCAGGGCAGGGUCAGGGAGGGCAGCCUGCGGUACAGCAGCCGACCACACCCAUAUUUGUGGCCCCGCCUCCCAAACCACAGCGAAUCCUGCACUCCGAGGCUUACCUGCGAUACAUAGAGGGACUCAAUGCAGAGUCGACCACGGUCAGCAAGUGGGACCAAACUCUGUCAGCUCGCAGAAAAGACGUACGGUUGACCAAAGAGCAGGAGAGCCGUCUGCCGUCCCAUUGGCUGAAAAGCAAGGGAGCCCACACCACUAUGGCUGACGCCCUGUGGAGACUGCGAGAUCUAAUGCUCCGGGACACGCUCAACAUCCGCCAGACAUACAACCUGCACAACAUCUAGCCAUUCCUCCUCUCAUGCCCUCCUGCAGACAGAGAAGCAUUGUAGUUUUAAUGUUGUAAUACUGUAAGUUCACUUUGUCAUGGUUUUGUAAAAUUUGUCUCAUUUAGUUGAUUGCCUUGGGUUAGUGUUCAUGCCGUUUUGUAUCUACAUUUUAAAUGUGCUGGUAUGCAUUGGGAACUGUUGUUCGGUCAUGAAACAUUUUCAUAAAAUGGUUGACAAAC